AUGAAGCAGCUUGCUGCUGUAGGGACCGUCUCAACAACCUUUUACAAAGACCCUGCAGAGCUCAAGUCUCUCACCACUGGCAAAAUCAAGGCUUAUGCUACAGUCCAAGACAACCGGUACUGGCACCAUACAUACAACAAUGGCGGCAUUGCUCAGCUCCGCAGAUUUAUGCAGGCUAGUUCCGUCUCCCGCUCUCUGUCUCUGGGGAGAGGACCUUGA